GACUCAACGACAAGUAUUUCAGUGCUGAGAAGCCGUAAGAGAUGAUCGUCAAUGUAUGCGCCUCAAGUAUAUCGAGGGAACCUAUUUUUCACACGACAUAUUACACCACGUACUACUAUACCGAAAAACGGUCACCGUUCAGCUCGACCAAAUCUAGCGAUGUACGGGAGCUGAAAGAGCCUCUCAUAGCUAAAACACCUCUGUCAGAAAAACUCAAAACAAAGUGGCAGAAGUUGAUGGGUAAGCUGCGAAUGUUGAUCGCCAUGAAAUUCGCCAAGUUUUCAUGAUUUAUUCGCACAACUCGCAAUCUUUCCUUUUCGACUCGAUAUACACAUUAUUUUGCUUUCCGAUUGUGCACGCUUUGUACUGGUAGCUCUGCAUAAACUCUUG